GAAUGCACCCACAACUUUGUUUUGAAAACAAAAUGGCGCAAGCGCAUUUUUUGAACAAAAGUCCGUUAUUUAUUAUUGUAUUUAAAGUGAUUUAAAGGAACAAUAAACCAUUCAAAGCGAAAUGGAGACACACGAACGUUUUAAAAGCUGGUUAAAAAUAAUGGGAUAUCAAGGCAAAAUGCCGAGUAGCUUUGAUCCCUUUUGUAAUCCCAACACCGCGUUAAUCUGGGAACAGCUUAUGCAACAAGUUAAGCCGAAGAACGAAAUCGCACGCAUUCGUAAUAACAUCCUAAUAAAGCGCUUCUCUUCAUCGGAAUUGAACGUACAAGUGGUCGCUACAAAACGAAUUCAAGCAUCCCGUCAAGGAGAUGGAGUUGUGGAAGAGGAAACAGUCGCUGUGUAAAAACGUGUCGAACGUAAACGAGCAAAUUACCAAGCUCAAAUCCGAUUUGGACGCUCUCGCCAAAAGUGUCAGGAUGAAAUAUUUGAAGAUCGACGUGCUCCGAUCGCAGAUUCGGCAGGUUCGCAAUUACAGUCACUUACUGAAUCGGAAAUGUGCACAGUUGGGGGCGGAAAUUUCAGAAGUGAGAGAGCAGUUGACACUUGCUUGUAAUCUGACACCGGUAGAAACCGAUUGCGAGAAUGACACGGUGGUUUGUGACACGGUCCGAGAGUGUAUUGCACGCCUUGAAAGGAUAAUCGAAAGUGAGUCGUGCACAGAGCGACAGCUUGGAUCGUCGAGCGAUAACGAUUCUCUCGGUCUGCUGACGGAAUCACACUUCCUGCCUGUACGAGCCAGUUCGCCCGUAAUUAUGGAUGGGACCGCUUACGACUCUUCAAUUUCGAAGGACAGAAUACUGCAAGAUUCAAUUCGAGGUCUUUUUGGCUACAAUCGUCGUGAAGUAUGCGAGUAUAUUUGCAGGGAUAACGAGAGUCAAUUGCAUGACCUAUCGAUGGGGGUACUGGAUGCGAUUGUGCCUAUGAAGAAAGAUAGUUCCACGCCAAUUACGCCAUCUUUGUAUUGGACCCACAUCGACCUGGAAUUGAAAACGCUUCAAUUGAGAUCGCGCAUCGCCCGCCUCGAAAGCACAAUCUCCGAUAUAGAUCUUGGGGAUUUGACAUCGUUAUCGAGGGUAAAACCGAGCGAAUCCGGAUUGACCAGGGCGAUUCCGCACUUGCGACACUUGAUCAACUCAUUCUUGCGUCGCAUAAACGAUGUAAACUUGGCACAAACGGAAGAGGAGGUGGCUCGGGUCGACAAAGACAUCAUUGGUACGUUUGAGACCGUGGCCGUCAAGCAAAACAUGUCGAGGCAAGUGCACGGUACAAUGGAGCAGAUGCGCGGCGAUUGUAGCCUGCUGGCGAGGAAAUUGGGGAAGUUCACCUCCGACUGCAAUUGGCUGCAGCUAUUGAACAACAAUGUUUGCUCGAUCGAAAUCAACACAUUCCUGAAGUAUCCCCUCGAAUAUUGCCGAAUGACGAAAUCGAACCACAUGGGCUACCAUACCUUUGAGCCGUACGAUUCGAACAUGCUACAAUACACUCUGGCGCUGUUCCCUGACGUUUGGUGCCCGCCUGAGGUGAUGCUAAUAAACGUAGUUCGUCAAAGGGAAAGGUUGCUGUUUUUAAAAUCGUCGGCGUACACAUUCAACGCUCGCUUAGAGAACGGCACGCUCGAUCUUCUCGAUCAAGAGUCGUACGUAAAUUACGCGAUCGACAAAUUGAGGUCUAUAAUCAAAUCGAAGGCCGGCACGUCCAAUAUAAACAAAAAGAUGCAGGAGUGUCUCGAACUGUGGAUCGAAAUGCCGUUCCAAAGUUGUAUACCCGAUACCAGAGUUUUCGAAGGUCUUCCCUAUUCGCAUUAUAGAGAUUUGUAUGAGAAUUAUUACAAGCAAUUGUGAAAAUUACAUUGUUUUUGAUUAAAAUUGCAAAUUUUUUU